AUGGACUCGAAAACUAUCGGUAUACUGGGUGGUGGCCAACUUGGCCGUAUGAUUGUCGAAGCUGCAAACAGGCUAAACAUCAAGACGGUCAUUUUGGAAAAAGGUGAAUCUGGCCCAGCCAAGCAAAUCAAUGCAAACAAUGAACACAUUGAUGGUUCAUUCAAUAAUAUUGACGAUAUUAGAAAGCUAGCUGACAACUGUGAUAUCUUAACUAUUGAAAUUGAACAUGUUGAUACCGACGCGUUGAAGACUAUACAAAGAGAAACCGGCGUUAAGAUUUACCCUUCUCCAGAGACAAUCGAAAUCAUUAAGGACAAAUACAGACAGAAAGAACAUUUGGUGCAACAUGGUGUUGCAGUUGCAGACUCUGUUAGCGUUGAAAGCACCGAGACAGCAUUGCAAAAUGUUGGUUUGAAAUUUGGUUUCCCAUUUAUGCUGAAGUCCAAAACUGAAGCAUAUGAUGGUAGAGGUAACUAUGUUGUAAAAGAUGUUUCAUAUAUUAGAGAAGCAUUAGAAGUUUUGCACAAUAGACCUUUAUAUGCAGAAAAAUGGGCACCGUUUACUAAGGAGUUGGCAGUCAUGGUGGUCAGAAAUGUGGAUGGAGAAAUUUUCUCUUAUCCAACCGUUGAAACGAUCCACAAGGAUAAUAUCUGUCAUACUGUUUACGCACCUGCAAGAGUGAAUGAUACUAUUCAAACAAAGGCCAACCUUUUAGCUAAAAAGGCGGUUUCUACUUUUCCAGGUGCAGGCAUUUUUGGUGUAGAAAUGUUUUUAUUACCUGACGGUGAACUGUUAAUCAAUGAAAUUGCACCAAGACCUCACAAUUCUGGCCAUUAUACGAUUGAUGCUUGCGUCACUUCUCAGUUUGAAGCACAUAUUAGAGCUAUUUCUGGAUUGCCUAUGCCCAAAAAUUUUACUUGCUUUUCUACUCCCCAAACAAAUGCCAUUAUGCUCAAUAUUUUAGGGUCUGAUGUGCCAAAUGGCGAACUUGAACUUUGUAGAAGAGCACUUGAAACUACAAGCGCUUCUGUCUAUCUUUACGGGAAGUCAACUAGACCAAAGAGAAAAAUGGGUCAUGUUAACAUUGUUUCGGGUUCUAUGUCUGAUUGUGAACGUAAACUUGCAUACAUUGAGGGCUCUGGUGGCCUUCCGAUAACAAAAUCAACAGAAAAUGCGGUUUCAGGCACCUCUAAAGCUCCAUUAGUGGGUGUUAUAAUGGGUUCAGAUUCGGAUUUACCUGUCAUGUCUGCUGGUUGUAAUAUCUUAAAGAAGUUUGGUGUUCCGUUUGAAGUCACCAUUGUGUCAGCACAUAGAACCCCACAAAGGAUGGCCAAGUAUGCGAUUGAGGCACCGAGGAGAGGGUUAAGAUGUAUAAUUGCCGGUGCUGGCGGUGCUGCUCAUUUACCAGGGAUGGUUGCUGCUAUGACACCCUUACCUGUUAUUGGCGUCCCCGUCAAAGGCUCUACUUUAGAUGGUGUUGAUUCGUUACAUUCAAUUGUUCAAAUGCCAAGAGGAAUUCCCGUUGCAACAGUUGCUAUUAACAAUUCUACCAAUGCUGCAUUGCUAGCUGUCAGAAUCCUGGGAGUUUUUGAUGGGAAAUGGAUCAGUGAAAUGGAAACGUACAUGAAUUCCAUGGAAAAUGAGGUCCUAGAUAAGGCCGAGAAGCUGGAGAAAGAAGGAUAUGAGGAGUACCUGGCUACGUAUAAAAAAUAA